AUGUCGACCGCGGAGGACAAGUUCACCGAUCUAGACGAUGCGAGGGAAUUUUCUUAUCUGAUGGGUUGCUUUCCGAACCCCCCUGCUCGCGAACGCCCACUUCCUUCCGAGCAGAACGAUGACGAUCUCUUUAGAGCCAUGAAACGACUCGAGUCGCGCUGCACAGCCCUGCAGAAAGAAAUCAACAGCUUCAAAAGCACUGAUUACCCCCUGAUCUGUCGUGUGUACGAUCUUGAGGAAGAUCUCGCUGCUCUGUGCAAGAGGGUCGCCAAAACCGGCGUUGCCGUCGCUCAGCGCAAGUCUUUGGUCAACAGGGGUCGUCAGCAGAAAGGCGAUUCCAAGAAACGGCCAGGCCACCCCGAACCUCAACCCAAGCCGGAGAAGCCUUCUGCGAAAGGCAACACUGGCGGGCAGCUUGAUCCAACAUGGCUGCCGCAGCCGGUGUCCUCGAAUGGUGGCUACAGGCACCUGUACUUUUCUCCGGCGCACACAAGUAUGGAAGACACGCUCUUUCAGCCAGAGUUCCUUGACUAUGGCUGCGACAAUUUUUCUCAGAGUCGACGUCGAGUGGCUGUCUCUGGUGACUUUGUUCCCCCAAAGGUCCGCGACAAAGCCUGCAACGGAGAGAGCGAGGACAGCGACGCCAUUGAUUCUGGCUACUGUCUCAUCUCCAAGGCCACUUUCGAUAAUUGA